UGAAUCGAGCCCAUUGAAUACACUUAAACAGUACCAGAGACCAAAUCUAACUACACUCAAGAGUCUAGAUGAGAACUGAGAAGCAGCCCUUAUCUCUAUACACACUUCUUGGCCAAUGAGACGGAUGAUAAAAGUAUUUUCGUAAACAUCUCGUGAAACUCCCACUUACCCCCGUUAUGGAGCGUGAUUGGCCAUGGCCAUCCUGUCUAACAAUCCAACAAACACUUCAAUUGGUCCGAAAAUUGAAACGAACAUCUGCCUAGUUUCCGGCAACGUUUGAGGUUGACUCAUAUCGAUCCAUGAUGUCGGAGGUCCCUCUGCCAACAGGUGGAAUUUAUACGAACAUGUAAUCAUCCUCUUGCUUGUUCUCGUUUCACCGUUUCAUCACAAGCCUUCAUGCAUGCAUGCAGCAAGCAGAUACAGCUUACAUCUUCUGUUCAUUACUCCUGUUUGCCUUGCCCAGGUUUAUCGAGGAUUACACCAUUAAAGUGAAACUCUAUCUGCUGCCCUAUUUGCUUCCCAUCAUUCAUAUUGCCCUCGUCGGAUCCAUCUACAGUACUGUGGCUUUGGCAGUGGAAAGAUACAUCACAGUUUGCCACCCAUUCGUCCGAUUUAGAUCCGGGUAUAAAAGCAAAGCGUUCAUAAUCCCCAUCUUAAUCUUCUCCAUUGGAUACACUAUUCCCAAAUUCUUUGAACUGAGACUCGAAGAUGUUCCCCUCAGCAAUGUUUCAAAGAAUGACACGCAUAUGGGUUUAAGAGCACCAAACGGAACAUCUACCGUCGACGAAGGAGACGACGAGAUCGCUCUAGAAUUUAAAACUCUAUUGGUCCCUACCAGUUUAAGGCGGAACAAGCUCUAUAUCAGAGUGUACCUGAUCUGGAUCAACCUCUUUGCUCAAAUCAUUAUUCCAUUUGUACUCCUCGUUACGCUGAACUACAAGAUCUACUCCACUAUAAAGAAAUCGGAAAGUGACCUACGCAAUCAUUUACGAAUAACCGCCAAUUCCACCCAAGACAACAAUCCCAGCGAUUCCAACAAGGAUAGCAAUGGCGUGUCGACCUCAUUGCUGGCUGUACCCAGUCAGCCCUCAGGCCCAUCUACGUCCGUUUCCAAUCGAGAUGGAAGCCCCAAUAAUAAGGCCACCUCUUUAAGGAAAAGAGAGGUGACACUCUCGAAAGUAUCCAUUUACAUUGUGUUCGUGUUUCUGUUCUGCCACAGCGUGAGAAUCAUCCCUAAUACCUACGAAAUGGUGUUUACCUACAUUCAGGAUGAUAAUAGCCCUCUGGUGUUUCCUCAAUGGGUUCGACGUUGCACCAAUCUCAGUCACCUUCUCAUCACCCUGGCCUCAUCCGUGAACUUUUACAUCUACUACGCGAAGUACGGCAAUUUCUGUGGCUUAAGGAAACGGAGCUCGGCUAACAACGUGACUAGUGCCAAUGGGGGUGGGGGGCGGGCCAACAACACAGACACGAGUUUUAACCUGGUCAUCCGAUCCCUGGACGACUCAAAACGACCCGGUCACACUUACACCAUCCGGGCAAAUCUGCCCAAUCGUCGAUCUAUAAGCCCGGAUCAAGGCAAUGGGUCGACGAAAUCCCCCUCGAACUCGGCGGAUUUGCCAUUGCGAAUGCCUCCCGAUGGACAAGAGGCCACUGAAAAGCCGCAUAUGUAACUUGAACUGACCCCAGAUGAAUCAAAUAUGUUAUACCCUACCUCAAUAUAAUCGCUCUAAUAUCUACUUUACUUCGUGUGACCCUGGAUGUGAUGUCCCAUGUGUGUGCUUCUAUAUUUUCUCAUUCAAUGGAUUAAAGUUACCUCAUGGGCUAAACAA